UUUGUUUACAUUGAUUGUGGACCCUCAUUUCAAAAUUGCAUUCAGUAGAUCUACAAAAAACUACUGGAGUAAACUCUGUUAAGCUGCAUUAUUUAUUGUUUGUAUGUUUAAUUUCUUACAAUGAGCACAUUUAAAAAGAAAAACRGACGAGCUCAUCAUUUUUGUCAGACGUGUUUUUAGUGAUUUGCAAAAAUAUGAGAAAAAUGUGGAACUCGUUACGUCAGCCAACACGCCCACCGACGUCGACUCGUCUUACACGUCAAGUUACGUCUGAACAACCCAACAACUUCUGUAGCGAACCCAAGCCAGAGUUCAAGGAAAUGGAGAUUUCYCCGUCACCUCCGCGACUCUAACCAGCGCCGGAUCGGAUGGAGCAGCUUGAAUUUUAACAUUUUGUGGGGACAAGACUCCGGAUGUGAGCAGGAGCUCCGCGUUGGACAGAAAACAGAAGAAGCAACAGGAGGUUUGGCUCAGCUGGGCAAACAUGGCGAGCCACGGCUGGACGCUAACCUGCAUGUAAAGGUCCGCCGAAGCGAAACUAAACGAGGCCGUCGGUGGACCUGAAUGUUACUUUAAUGUUUCAUGAGUAUUCGAGGCUGACCGGGACUGCAAAGCCGCUACCGAGUUCGUAUGGCGUCCACGCAAGCCCGCUUAGGCCAGCAGGCCUUAGCGCUGCUGGAUGUGGCGCUUCGAGUUCCUUGUGUUUUCAUUAUCGACGCUAUUUUUAACUCCUACUACGACCCUGGCUCGGGAUGGGCAGGGGUGGUAGGAAAGGUGUUGGUCAGAGUUAUGGGUGUCCUAAUCUCCACUGUGGUGCUGCUACUGUCCCAGAAAGCCUUGUUCAAGUUCUACACCCUCUUCUUUGCUGUUCUUCUGGGCAUGGCGGCGGCCCUCAUAAACUACUAUGCCACCUCACACAUAGACUUCUACGGCGCGUAUUACAAAGCGGCGCUGGGGUUUCGGUUGCUGCCCAGAAACGGGACGACGUUGUGGCUCGGCAUGGCCGCCGUGCAGCUCGUCUUCGGCAUCGGCUACGUGUUCCUGCUCAACCUGCAGUCGGUGUUCGCCGCGCUGGUCGUCUUGGACAUCAUGAUCCCUCUGUGGGGGRUGAUGAUGGAGCUUCCGGCAGAUGUCCGACAUCUGGUGGCCGUGUUCUCGGGCCUGGUGCUUGUGCUCAACACAGCCGUUUGCUUAGCCGUGAGACUCAAGUGGUUCUACUACUCGUGCCGGUACGUCUACCUGCUCGUGCGGCACAUGUACAGGAUCUACGGACUUCAGCUGCUGCUAGAAGACACGUGGAAAAGAAUCCGGUUCCCUGAUGUGCUGCGAGUGUUCUGGUUGACCAGAGUAACUGCCCAGGCGCUCAUACUGGUUUAUGUUGUGCGGGCGGUGAGGAAAGAGACAGGAGGGGCAACAGAUGGGAGCUCUGACGCACAGGGUUACCUGUUUAGCUGGGACGUGUUCUGGGAUCUGACAAGUAACCUGAUCAUCUCUGGUUGUGACUCCACACUGACUGUGCUGGGUAUGAGCGCCGUCAUCUCCUCUGUAGCACACUACCUCGGCCUCAGCAUCCUGGCUUUCAUAGGUUCGACAGAAGAAGAGGACAAGCGUUUAGGCUUCGUAGCGCCUGUUCUGUUCUUUAUCCUGGCUCUGCAGACCGGCCUCAGCAGCCUAGACCCGGAGGAACGCUUGGUCCGCCUGAGCCGAAACAUGUGUCUUAUGCUGACGGCCAUCCUGCACUUUAUUCACGGCAUGACCGACCCUGUCCUGAUGUCUCUCAGCGCUUCCCACGUCUCGUCCUUUCGACGCCAUUUCCCCGUCCUGCUGGUGUCCGUGGCGCUCUUUGUGCUCCCCGUGGUGCUCGGCAAUGCCCUGUGGCACCACUACGCCCUCAACACCUGGCUCUUUGCCGUCAUCGCUUUCUGUGUGGAGCUGUGCCUCAAGGUGGUGGUGUCCCUGACGGUCUACGGCCUCUUCAUGGCCGAUGGCUUCUCCAGCGUCCUGUGGGAGAAGCUGGACGACUACGUUUACUACGUGCGCUCSACGGGCAACAUCAUCGAGUUCCUGUUCGGCGUCAUCUUGUUCGGCAACGGCACCUACACGAUGAUGUUCGAGUCGGGCAGCAAGAUCCGGGCCUGCAUGAUGUGCCUGCACGCGUACUUCAACAUCUACCUGCAGGCCAAGAACGGCUGGAAGACCUUCAUCAACCGCCGCACRGCCGUCAAGAAGAUCAACUCCUUGCCGGAGAUCCACGGGGACCGGCUGCGGAACAUCGAGGACGUGUGCGCCAUCUGCUACCAGGACUUCGCCACGUCGGCCCGCCUCACGCCGUGCCACCAUUACUUCCACGCGCUGUGCUUGAGGAAGUGGCUCUACAUCCAGGACACGUGCCCCAUGUGCCACCAGAGGGUCUACGUGGAGGACGAGGGCCAGGACAGGGCCGCCUUCUCCAACAACAACGGGGGCUACGCGGUGCCGCAGGCCGCCGCCGAUGAGCCCGUGCCUGGCGAGGACCAACCGCCGGUCGCAGAGUUGCUGGCCAACGGAGCGGCGGCCGCGGUAGGCCUGGUGGGUCUGGACGAGCUGCCGGGGGACAACGACAGCAUAGAGUACGACGAAGACGAGUGGGGGACUCAGAACGGCAGCACGCCAGUGGAAGAAGACUACAUUAAUGACGACACAGACUCCACGGAGGACUGACCAGAAAAGAUCUAUAGAAAAGAAUAUACAAAUACCUUUAUAAUAUUUAAGUUCAAAACAAACUUUAACACAACGUUAGCAUCUUAAUUUGUUCUUGGACAAAAUGUCAGGGAUGUUGUUUCUCUUUUUUUGUUUGUUUUCUUUUGAGUUUCACUCUAAAGGGCUUGUGGAAAGCGWAAAAGCUGCUCAUUCUGUGUGUGUGUGUCGAGUGGACACGUGUGUGAACAGGCUGCGUGAUGUAGACCAAARACUCAUCUUUAAAUUUCCUUCUGAAUAGCAAUUGAGCAGUUGCUAUCGGCUACUGAUGCACAGUUCAUCUGAUUGAUUUUUCCAAGUUUAAAACAGGAAACGUUCAGACAUCCUCCAGGUUUCGUCACUUUCUGUGUAUAAAGAACACAUACUGUGGAUGUUUAUUGUGUUUAAAAUAGUCCUUAAUCAUAAAGGUCCUGUCAYUAUAAUGUUUUWGACGACUUWUGCUGACUURUGAAAUAAUUUUUAUAUCUAAAUURCUAAUAAAAUUAUAUAUUUGAUCAGUUUGUUAGCRGUACGUGCCUAAAAGAAACUUMCAGUUGAUGUUAUUCAGUCUUCAACSUCUUUAAAAWUUUCACAAAUUGUCUAAAACGUUAGUGUGACAGGGCCUUAAGGGASAAUAUUGYUAAUUUCAAUCCAGCUUUUUAGAAUUCGUACAGGUUUUGAGUGCCCACCUCUUUCUUAAAUCCGUAAUCCCUUUUAUAAACAAACCUUUUGCCAUAUUUGCCAAAAAAACGAUUGGUCUACAAGGUUAGUUUAAGACUUAAUAGUGAAGUUUACUGUGAUUCUUCUAGCUUUAUUUUAGGUUUUGUGCUCUCAAAACGUCUCAGAUCAGGCCUCAGGCUCCAAAUUGUAGCUCAAUUAUGUCUUGAGGUGAACUCAGUAUUUUUUUAUGGUAAAAUAGUUGAGAGUGAUUCCAGACUGAAUGAAUGCAGGAGAGGGAGAGACUGAAGUGUGUGAUAAGAGUGUCUUUCUACUGUAAUUUCUGAUAUACCUCUCAUUACUCACUACUGGUCUGCUACAGGACCUCACUUAGGCUGUUGUACGUUUUCACACACAACAAGCACACCUUCUCCUUCAGAAACAAUUUAUGUCCACAGUGCUGUUUAACGAGACUAUUUAAUUAGGUUAAAUGUUUGUUUCAGACCCAGAAAAGAUUAUUUAUAUAAGACUACUAUAACAGAAGUGCAACACAAGUCACUUUAGAGCAUUUCUAUUUCAAAUAAAAUGUUAAAAUGAUUUCUCAGUGCAGUUAAUGGGCUUUAAAAUGUGCCAGCUGUUCUGUUUGAACAAAAAUCACAAAGAUGUCUGAUUUUUUUUUUUUUUUUUUUUUGCAGAAAACUCUAUUCUAAUCACUGUUGCUGACAGAUUUCUCAUAGUGUCCAGCAUGGUUUUAAGAUCUUUCUGCAGGAGUUCAAUUCUUUCAAUCUUUUAAAUAACAAAAUAUAUCUAUAUUGUUUUUGGCCCUGAAAAGUACAAUCAACAAGCAASCGUUUUUCUAAAGCUGCAGAUUUAUCAGCAUAUAAUCUGUGAUACUUGUUGCAAUUUUGAGCUACGUACAGGAUGUUGAACACUUCUGUUUUUCAAACAUAAAUGUCCUACUGAUCUGAAGUUUGAAACUGCUGGUACAAAAUUGUUCUCUGAAAUGUAUUUAGUUUUUUUUAUUUUUCCUGUUUUUGACUAGAGCUCAGCCAGCUUUCAGUAGCUACGGAUUCUCAUUUUGAACUUCUAGCUAUUAAAAAAAAAACAAAAAUAAAGUUUUCCAGCAUCAUUCUGAAUGUUGUGUUAGGA